AUGGAUGACGUGAAAGACAAGUUCAAGGGGUUCAUGAAGAAAGUGAAUACCCAGUUGUCAUCCUCCUCGUCGCCCGGCAAAUUCAAAGGCCAAGGUCAAGUUCUUGGCGGUAGUUCGUCAUCGGCUUCGCCUAACUCCGUUUAUGCUCGUUAUUCUCAACCACUUGUCAAUCGGAAACCCAGUACAAAUCAAUCUUCCAUCAGUUCUUCUCCCUCUUUGAACUCCAAACCCUCGACUCAGAAGAGCCAUGUUCCCGAUCAUAGCUGCAAACCCACUUCCGUCGCUAGCUCUUCCUCGACGCCAAAUCCAAAUCCCGCUGAUGGGUUUGACCCUUUUGGUUCUUUGAUCACGAGUAGUGAAAGAUCCAAGAACGGGUAUUCGCUUAAUGUCUUUGAGUGUCCCAUUUGUGGGCAAGGCUUCAGGUCCGAAGAAGAGGUCUCUGCCCACGUAGAGAGCUGCGUGUCUCUAAGUGUUAAAGCUGCCCCUGUUACUUCAGGUGAUGGUAAUGCUGUUUCUGAUGGAAAAACUGAUGAAAUUGAACAAGAUUCUGCCAGAGGUUUUUCGGAUGUGGCCUGUGUUGCUACCUAUCUUUCAGGUAAGCCGGCGGAGGGUUCCAAGGAGGUUGUAAGGAAACUUCUUGGAAAUAUUGUUAAGGAACCUAAGAAUGUGAAGUUUAGGAGAGUCAGAAUGGGGAACCCUAAGAUUAGGGAGGCAGUGACUGAAGUUGCUGGAGGACUUGAGCUGUUGGAGUUUGUUGGGUUUGAGCUUAAGGAAGAGAGUGGAGAGAUGUGGGCUGUAAUGGCUGAUGCGCCUGGGGAAGAAAAAAUUGGGCUGAUAAAUCAGGUGAUAAGCUUCCUGGAACCUAGGAAGGAAGAGACUGUGCAAUUGAUAAAGGAAGAUGAGGAUACUAAACCGUCUGUUGCUACAGUGGAGGAAAAACAACGGAUUGAGCAAACAAAGAUUGAUAGACAGAUCAAGGUAUUCUUUGCAGUUCCCGAAAAUGUGGCUGCAAGAAUUGAGCUCCCGGAAUCAUUCUACAGUCUCUCUGCCAGUGAGCUUAAAAGAGAAGCAGAUAUGAGAAAGAAAAAGCUUGCCGAAUCUCAGCUUUUGAUUCCAAAGUCUUACAGGGAGAAGCAGGCUAAAACUGCUCGGACAAAAUACAGACGAACUAUAAUACGCAUUCAAUUUCCUGAUGCAGUGGUUCUUCAGGGUGUCUUUGCUCCUUGGGAACCGACCACUGCCCUUUAUGCGUUCGUUAGCUCGGCACUUAAAGAUAGCAGCUUGGAAUUUGAGCUGUUACAUCCUGUACUGGUGAAACGUCGAGUGAUCCCACAUUCUGCAGAGACAGGGGAGAGAAGCAUUACCCUGGCAGACGAGGACUUGGUCCCUUCAGCUCUCAUCAAAUUCAGACCCAUUGAAACUGAUUCAUCUGUUUUUACCGGGUUAAGCAACGAUCUCUUAGAGAUUAGCAAACCGAUGACAUGA